UUUUAGCAGUUGGUAGCACGAACAGCCGAACAACCCCUCGGCAAUAAUUCCCUGCUCCGGUGCUGUGAGCCCUCCGAUUCUUCCAAAAUUUCCCAACCUAUUGACGGCGAUCAUGUCCCUCAUGUGUCUCUAUCUUCUCUCCCAACUAAUCUUGACCCUCGGAUUUGGGAACUCCGCGGAACAACAUGAAGGUACCGUCGCUCUACGAACACUGCGGCGAAACUAUGUUGAGGUUCAGCAGAGGUCAUCGUUUAAGAUUGCGCUAUUCGCUGACUUGCACUUCGGAGAGGACGCGUGGACGAACUGGGGUCCUCGCCAGGAUGUGAAGUCCAUCAAAGUCAUGUCCACUGUGCUGGAUCAAGAAAACCCAGAUUUUGUGGUAUAUCUUGGAGAUGUGAUCACUGCUAACAAUGUUGCAAUUGGUAAUGCGAGCUUGUACUGGGAUCAGGCCAUAUCUCCAACAAGGGAAAGAGGCAUACCAUGGGCUAGUGUGUUUGGGAACCAUGAUGAUGCACCUUUUGAGUGGCCACUGGAAUGGUUUUCUGCACCUGGAAUUCCUCACACCCAUUGCAAUCUCCCCAAUUCAUCGGUUUCUGGGGAAGAAGAAUGCUUCAGAGGUACACCUCGUAUAGAGCUGAUGAAAAAUGAGAUUCAGCGUAACACACUUUCAUACUCGAGAAAUGGUCCUAUAGAUCUUUGGCCAAGCAUAUCCAACUAUGUUCUCAAAGUUUCAUCAUCCCAAGAUCCAGACUCAGCUGUGGCACUCCUCUACUUCCUUGAUUCUGGUGGUGGGUCCUAUCCAGAAGUCAUAUCCAGUGCUCAAGCUGAAUGGUUCAACCGCAAAUCCCAGGAGCUGAAUCCCAAUUCUAGCGUGCCUGAGAUAAUUUUUUGGCAUAUUCCAAGUAAAGCCUACAAGGAGGUGGCUCCAAUGUUUCGAAUUCACAAACCUUGCGUAGGUUCAAUUAACAAGGAGAAAGUUGCCUCUCAAGAAGCUGAAAUGGGCAUCAUGAAACUUCUGGAAAGGCCUUCUGUCAAGGCUGUGUUUGUAGGCCACAAUCAUGGAUUGGACUGGUGCUGCCCAUAUGAGAAGCUAUGGCUAUGCUUUGCCAGGCACACAGGCUAUGGAGGUUAUGGAAACUGGAGAAGAGGAGCUAGAAUAUUGGAGAUCACUGAGCAACCCUUUUCUCUCAAGUCCUGGAUAAGGAUGGAAAAUGGUCAUUCACGCAGUGAAGUUCUGUUGAGUUCUUGACAUUCAUGCCGCAUCCUUUUUUCCCCUAAAGUGCUCUCUCCCAGCAAAAGAGGGAUAGUAAAAGAAAAUGUUGGGACAUUUCUUACAUCAAUGUUAUAUAUACUUUAUGCUAAGUUGUUUUUGGAGGGAGAGACAGUUGGCUGGCAAUGUAUACGCCUGUGCGUGUGUGUAUAUAUAUAUAUAUAUUGUGAAACAAGGAAUGUGUGUAUAAUUAUAACGACAGUGAUGGUAUACAUUAUUACUACAUGUUGCAAGUUCCACCAUCCAUUAAAUAUAUGCAAUUUGAUCAUGAUUUAGCCUCUUAA